AUGGUGCACGUGGUCAUCGUCUGUGGAAAGGUGAAUGGUGUCGUAGAAUGUUUCUCAAAGGAUUUUGACAGAAACGAGGGUUAUGAGCCAGCCACCAGUGCAGGAAUGAAGGGGACGCCGCAUCCCGCCCCCGUGCCUUCUCCGUACUACCAUCCCCCCUCAUACGGCUCCCAGUAUGGAUAUGCACCACCACCACCCAAAAAACGUAGGAGCCCGCUAAAUUUUUACUUUGGGGCCUGCAAUUCCCCAAAAAGCUGGCAAAGGGACAUCAUCUUGUUGGAGACGUCAAUGAAAAGACACAGAAUGAAGGUGCUGCCUGCGCUGUGUAUGGUAGCCAGCUUCUUGUUCUGGGAACAAACUCUCGCUGCUGAACUUGAGCUGAAUCAACCCUGCGACCCCCAACAGGACGUUUGCAUCGCAAAGUACUCCAGUUGUUCCACGCUGCUAGGAAACGUUAAUGGAGAAAAAUACAGCAUAGUGGAGAAAAAGGCUGGAGUACUCGAGGUCCCGGGGAGCGGCCGCGUCUGCACCUGCCUGCCAGGAUUCAGUGCAAUAGCCCUAGGUCAGGGUGCUGGUGCCCGACUGGAAUGUGUCCCUGGUGAGGAAACCAGCGUGUAA